GAAAAAGUCAUUUUAUCAUCUUGAUAAAAUUGUAUCAUAAUCCUGUUAUAUUACAGUUUUAGAAUGUAUAAAUGCAUAUCUAAUAUAAGAUUUAUUCAUUUUACAUUUUUAUUCAGAUGAAUCCUGCACACAUUCUUGAUUCUUAAAGUGUGAUUAGGGCUGGAUGAUGCUUUCUCAUCCAAUGACUCACAACAAUGUGUUUCAGCAGUACUUGAAGUUUUAAAAAUGUGAAGUUAAAUUGAGAACUAGUUUUCCUUUAUCUUAAUUGGCAUAUAGCAUUAUUUUAGCAAAUUCACAGGUUCAAGUCCCAAGGAUUGUACUUUUAGUGCACAGAACACACAGACAAAAAUGUGUAUUCUAAAUGUGCUGUAGGUUGCUUUACAUAAAAAACAGACUGCAUAUCCGAUUAUUAUAUUAAACAGAUUGUCCUUUAUUCCCUCUGUUAGUUAUUAACCUGUUUAGGGCAGGCAAUAUUUCAAGGUUCAUCUCCUCUCUCUCUCUCUCUCUCUCUCUCCUCCUCCUCCGCCUCUAACUCUGCCCUUCUUUCACUAUACCUGAGUUGACAGUGGCCCCUCCCAUUCAUCCCAUUCUCUGGCCCCUUUCAACACACACACUCAAGCGUUUCUAUGAGCUCUUUGUGGGGAGUUGAGGUAUGCAGUGAAAGUGUCUUUGAGUUUGUUCAACCAGCACCUAGCGGAUUGCUUUAGGUUUACCUGUGAAAAAUUGGAAGAAAACACAUACGAAAAGAGAAGACAGAAGUACAAAAAACUAGAACAUCGUAAAUCUGCCUUGUGUUUGGAGUCUGAAAAGGGAAAAGGGCAAUGCUUACUGAGUGGUUUUGGUGGGAUCGGCUUUGGUUACCGAAGCCUGUGACGUGGGCGGACCUACAGGAUGGUGAGGGGCGUGUCUAUGCCCGUGUAUCCCACUUGUACAUUAUUAUACCCAUAGCAGUACUGCUGCUUGGCUUAAGAACAUUCUAUGAAAGGCUAAUCGCUGUGCCACUCGCUCAUGCCCUUGGGGUGAAAGACAAAGUUCGCUUGAGAGAGUCACACAACCCAGUCCUGGAAAAAUACUACAACACACACUCUAAGCAUCCAACACAGGAAGAUAUAAAAGGUGCGUGUAAAAAGCUAGGCUGGUCAGAAAGGCAGGUGGAACGCUGGUUCCGCAGAAGAAGGAACCAAGACAGACCCGGAGUCCAGAAGAAAUUUAAAGAAGCCAGUUGGCGGUUUGCAUUUUAUCUGUUGUCAUCGAUUGGAGGCGUCCUGGCUCUUCACGAUAAACCUUGGUUUUACGACCUACGAGAAGUGUGGGCAGGAUAUCCAAAACAAUCGCUGCUGGAUUCUCAGUACUGGUAUUACAUCAUUGAGAUGAGUUUUUAUGGAUCUUUACUGUUCAGUGUGGCUGCAGACAUAAAACGUAAGGACUUUAAGGAGCAGUUGGUCCAUCACUGGGCGACUUUAACUCUACUGUCCUUCUCCUGGUGUGCCAACUACAUCCGGAUUGGCACGUUGGUCAUGCUCGUGCACGACACAUCUGAUGUCUUACUUGAGUCUGCCAAGAUGUUCAACUACGCCGGAUGGAAAACUACCUGCAACAGUAUCUUUGUGUUUUUUGCUCUGGUCUUUAUGGUAACCAGACUCGUCAUCUUUCCAUUCUGGCUGAUUCACUGUACGUGGGUGUCUCCUCUGGACCACUUUGAACCCUUUUUUGGUUAUUAUUUUUUUAACGUAAUGCUGGUGGUGCUGCUGUUAUUGCACGUGUUUUGGGCCUCUCUUAUUCUUCGCAUGGUCAAAAAGUUCCUCUUCGGUAAUCUAAAGGGUGAUGAGAGAAGUGAUGAGGAAGAGGAUGAGGAGGGCACUGAGGAAGAACAAACACACAUACAUUCUAAUGGAUCUGUGACAAGAUUAUCCAAUGGUCAUUGACACAUUUAGAGACAUUCCAUACAUACA